AGUAAGAGCUCAAGCGACAAGCGUGGAUGGAGUUUCCGCAAGAAAUCAGCCAGGCAUCGUGUAUUAAGCCAUACCGUAGUUUCAGAAACACCAUCUGGGAACAAGGACUGGCCAGAAUCUGCAAAUGCCAAUCUGCAAACGCAAUCUAACUCUACCAUUCCAGAGAAGGCAUCUGUCAUCCAAUGGGCAGAUGAGAAACCCCAGUUCUCAACAGCUGAGAAGCCCAAGGUCUGCACAGACGAGAAGCCCCAGAUCUUGGCGGACGAGGAGCCCCAGGUGUCGACAGCCGAGAAUCCCCAGAUCUUGGAGGACGAGAAGACCCCGGUCUCCAAAGAUGAGAAGUCCUUGGUCUCCGAAGACGAAAAGCCCCCGGUUUCCGAAGACGAAAAGCCUCAGGUUUCCGAAGACGAGAAGCCCCUGGUUUCUGAUGACGAGAAGCCCCUGGUUUCCGAAAAAAAUGAGAAGCCACGCAUCUCAUUAGACAAGAAGCCCCGUGUCUCAACAGAUGAGAAACCCAUACCCUUAUCCGUGGUGGAUGCAACACUAUCAGAGCCAGUAACAUCUAGAGUCAAUGAUGGUAAAGCUGAUGUCACUCCAGAUGAGCAUGUUGUUAUUGUUAUUCAGACUGCAGUCAGAGCAUUUCUGGCAAGAAGAGCUCAACUGAAGCAAAAGCAUAUAACUAAAUUGCAAGCUGCUGUACGUGGACAUUUAGUUCGCAGGCAUGCUGUCGGAACUCUGCGAUGUGUCCAAGCUAUUGUCAGAAUGCAAGCUAUUGUUCGAGCACGCUAUGCUAAUCGCCUUGCAAAAGGAUCUAGAAACAAGGAGAAGUUAAAUGGAAAGGGAAAGGAGAACUCAGGAACAAAAUCAGAGGUCACAUACACUUCUAUUUCGAAGCUACUAAGCAAUAGCUUUGCUCAACAGCUCCUUGAAUCAACUCCGAAGACCAAAAGUAUUAAUAUUAAGUGUGAUCCUUCCAAAUCUGAUUCAGCCUGGAAAUGGUUAGAGAGAUGGAUGUCUGUUUCAUCACCAGGAAAUGAACCGUCACCACAAUUAGAAUUAUCAGCAGAACAGCAGGAGAAGGAAAGUAGUGUUGAGCACUCCAGCAACAUUAUUGAAAGUAAAGUUCAGCUUGAUUCUGAGUCAAUGGACUUCAGACAGGAUGACGAGGUAUCGUUAUCUGCGGCUCUGUCGGAAAGUGACGAACAUUUGAUCACUUAUGAUGCAGAUAGCUUAGAGGUGCAAGCCGACAUACCAGUACCUCCUCAGCCUCAGAAUGUUGAUGAAACAAAUUCAAGAGAUGACAAUUUCUGUUCUAUUCCUACUCAAUAUAAGGAGUCCGAGCUGCUCCCCGAGUCAGAGACCAAUUCUUUCCCUGCUAAGACUGAAGCUGACAGUGAGGAUACACAUUACCUUACUGUUGAACCUCCAGAGACGGAGAGCAAACAGGUCGUACAUGGAUCAAGAAAGGCAAGUAAUCCUGCAUUUAUUGCUGCUCAGACAAAGUUUGAGGAACUCACUUCGGCAGCUAAAUCAACCAAAAUAUCUAGUUUGUCCAAUCAUAAGACUGAAGACGAAUCCAGUGAAGAUACAUUUUCAUCUAUCACUGAUCAAUCAUUUGGGGCAAGGGAAACUGCCAUGUCAGAAGCUUCUGUUCCUCAUAGUACAAGAGCUCAAGUUGGUGGUUCUGAAUGUGGCACCGAGCUUUCUAUUUCUUCUACCCUGGACUCACCAGAUAGGUCUGAAGUUGGAGCUCGCGAAUUUGAGCAGGAACUAAAGCCUUCAUACGAUCAAACUGGCCAUGACAAGAGCAACGGAUAUCCGCACAUUGGAGACGAUAGUAUAAAUGACUUAUUGCACUCCGCCUAUGUUCAGACAGGGACAGAGGAUCCUACCGAUAAUGCUAACAGUGAGCUUAAAGAUGUUAUGGUCAGUUCAGAUCUAUCACACGAGGAGAAGCCAGAAAACAAUUCAGUUAAUGUUCAAAUAGAGCAAGAAGCUAAGGUGGAUCGGCUAUACGAAGUGUCACCAGACGCAUCUCCAAGGAGCCAUGUAACUGUCCCUGAAUCCCAAGGGACACCUUCUAGUCAGGUGUCAGUGAAUCCUAAGAAGAUCAUAAGUGAAAAAAGUGGAUCAAAUCCCAAGCGUCAUUCCUCAUCUGCUGGCAAAAAGUCUCCUUCGAAACCAAUCCAUGGUUCAGGUACAGCUAGUUCUGAACAAUUACCUAAGGAUCAUAAAAAUGGGAAGCGACGGAAUUCUUUCGGUUCAGCAAAAGCUGGACAAGUUGAACAGCAGGAGCCUAGAGAUAGCGGUAGUAGCAGUUCUCUCCCAAGUUACAUGCAAGCAACAGAAUCUGCAAAAGCCAAAGCUCUCCCAAAUAGCUCUCCGAGAUCUAGUCCAGAUGUCCACAGUAAAGAUGAAUUCAUUAAAAAGAGACACUCACUUCCCGGUUCAAAUGGUAGGCAAGGUUCACCUCGUAUCCAGCGGUCUUUGUCUAAUGCACAGCACGGUGCAAAGGGAAAUGGAACUCAAUCUCCACAGGAGAGGAAAUGGCAGCGAUGAGUAAAGUUCCUCAGCGACACAACUAACGGAUGGCAUAUGAUGGAUUGGCGCUUUCUUUGAGUGCUGGUCAUCUGCUCUUAGGAAUUCCAUAGCAAAGCCAUGCCCCUGGACCAUUGUUUAUUUGUGAAGAGAAAUGUAGAAAGAGUUAUUUUUCGUGUAAAUUUACUAUUUGCUCAUGCCUACUCAAACCCCCCUUUCUUUUUUCAAGGAUUUUGUUUGAGAUGCUUGUACUUCUUUUUUCCUUUACUUCACAUUUGUGUGUAUCUUUAUAAUAUUGUGUGCUUUUCUGGCUGAUGUAUUUCUGACUGCUAAUGAGAAGUUUGGAAGAGUUGUUUUCAGUUGAA